AUGGCACAACAGCAGUACGCCAAGGACCAGCCACAAGGUUACAAGAACUAUGUGGAAAACAUUGCAAUCGUCGGAGCAGGAGGCCAGGUGGGCGAAUACAUCGCGCGCGCGCUCCUCCAGACAGGCAAGCACCGGCUCACGGCCAUCACACGCGCCGACUCGACCAGCACCGUGCCGGAGGGCAUGACGGUGAAGAAGGUCAACUACGACGAGCCCUCGACGCUGGUGGAUGCGCUGCGGGGCCAGGACGUGCUGAUCAUCACGAUGGCAGUGACGGCGCCGCAGGACACGGAGACGAAGCUGAUCGACGCCGCGGCGGCCGCGGGCGUGCCCUGGGUCCUCCCCAACGAGUACAGCAGCGACCCGCGCAACACGGCGCUGCAGCACGAGAUCAUCAUCGGCGACGCCAAGGAUGCCACGCGGCGGCACAUCGAAGCGCGCGGCGUCAGCGCCUGGAUCAGCUUCACCUGCAGCUUCUGGUACGAGUACUCGCUGGCCGCGUCGCCGGCGAGCUACGGCUUCGACUUCGCCACCAAGACCGUCACGCUCUACGACGACGGCAACACCAAGAUCAACACCACCACGUGGCUGCAGUGCGGGCGCGCCGCGGCGGCGCUGCUCAGCCUGCCAAUCCUGCCCCAGGACGCGUCCGACACGGGCCCCACGCUGUCCAUGUUCCGCAACGACGUGCUGUACGUGUCGUCGUUCCGGGUCAGCCAGCGCGACAUGCUGGCGUCGGUGCUGCGGGUGACGGGGGACCGCGAGGCGGACUGGACGAUCACGCACGAGGACGUCAAGGAGCGGUACCGGGCCGGCGUGGAGGGCAUGAAGUCCGGCACCGGCGGCCGCUUGGCCUUCAUGCAGAUGCUGUACGCCCGCGUCUUCUUCCCCAACGGCGACGGCGACUACGAGUCCAAGUACGGCCUGCACAACGACCUCCUAGGCCUGCCCAAGGAGGAUCUCGAUGAGGCUACCAAGAGAGCCGUCGAUCUGGCAGCCAAAGGUGGGCCUUUCGCCCAGCGCCGUUAA